AUGUGCGAAGAUUCAUCGCCAACUUGCAAUUGCAUCAUGACAAGGUCUUCGACGCCCAUUCCUGUGCCAGGAACUGACGCGGUCUCGCGAGACGGAGCCGUACCAGCACCCGUAUCACCAUUGUCAUUGUCUUCUCAGGAAGCGCCAACUGAAUUCUUGGGCUCACCGUCUCCCAGCGAUGACCACGCACCAACUGAAAAAGCCAUGGCAUCUAUUGCGCCAAUGUUAGAAAGUUUCAAGCCGAAGACAAGCGCCCAAGAGAACGAGGAUGGAGUGUCAUCCAAACUCAGCAGCUCUGUACAAUCUUCGUCGCCGAUUGAGACCAACGAUAAACUCACAGCCGACAAUUUGGCAUUUGCUGAAACUCUCAAGUCUCGCCAUGCAUCUCGCAAAAAUUCCACAGCCUCUACGGGCACGCUGUUCGAUGGACUUCCCAGAAUCACGCCUUCCAUUUCCAAUUCGUCCAACACCUCGAGGAAAUCGGUCUCUGUACAUCGAGAACCCGAGGGUCCCAAACUCACUAAAGUGGGAAAAAUCGGCGUUUGUGCCAUGGAUUCUAAAGUCAUGUCAAAACCUUGUAGAAGGAUCUUGAAUCGCCUUAUUGAGAACGGCGAAUUUGAGACCAUCAUCUUCGGAGACAAGGUAAUCCUUGAUGAAUCUAUCGAAAACUGGCCCACGUGUGAUUUCCUCAUCAGUUUCUUCUCUACUGGGUUCCCCUUAGACAAGGCAAUCGAGUACGCCAAAUACAGAAAGCCCUAUAUUAUCAAUGAUCUCAUUUUGCAAAAGACUUUGUGGGAUAGAAGAUUGGUUCUCACGAUUUUGAAUCAUGCCAAGGUUCCAACCCCAGAAAGACUUGAGAUCAGCAGAGACGGGGGUCCUAGAAUCGACGCAAUUUUAGCUGAAAAAUUGAAAGAGGUUGGUUUCAGUGAGUCGGUAAUUCAUGACAUGACUCACCAAGAAGAGCCUAAGUGGGAGAUGGUUGACGACGAUACUCUCAAGGUGGGUGACAAGAUUAUGAAGAAGCCUUUUGUGGAAAAGCCCGUUGACGGAGAAGACCACAAUGUCUAUAUAUACUACCCCAAGUCUACUGGCGGAGGAGGUAGAAGGCUUUUCCGUAAGAUUGGAAACAAGUCCUCAGAAUUCGAUCCUGACUUGAAUACUCCCCGUACUGAGGGAUCCUUCAUCUACGAGCGUUUCAUGGAUACUGAUAACUUCGAAGACGUCAAGGCAUAUACCGUAGGUAAGGACUUUUGUCAUGCUGAAACGAGAAAGUCACCUGUGGUAGAUGGUAUUGUAAGGCGUAAUACCCACGGUAAGGAAAUAAGGUACAUCACCGAGCUCUCGAAAGAAGAAAAGUUAAUGGCUAGAAAUGUCAGCACUAUAUUCCAACAAACUAUUUGUGGCUUUGACUUGCUUCGCGUUGAUGGCAAGUCAUAUGUUAUUGAUGUAAACGGCUUCUCGUUUGUGAAGGAUAAUAAUGACUACUAUGAUUCAUGUUCAUCGAUUUUGAGAGAUCUUUUCAUUCAAGCCAAGAAAUCCCGUGAUUUAUUGAAGACCCGUAUUCCACCUCUGUCUAAAUUGCUCCACAAGAGUCAGUUUGAGGAAAAAGAGCAGAAGUGGGUGUUCAAAGGAAUGGUAUCUGUUAUUCGUCACGCAGACCGUACGCCAAAGCAAAAAUUCAAGUAUUCUUUUCGGUCCCCACUCUUUAUCUCUCUUUUGAAGGGACAUAAGGAAGAGGUUAUCAUUCGAGCAGUUCCUGACUUGCAAGUGGUCUUAGAGACUGUCAAAAUCGCGGAGGAGAAAGAAUUGGAAGAUCUCAAUAAAUUAGCACAAUUGAGAGGGGCUUUAGAAAAGAAGAUGAACUUCCCCGGAACGAAGAUUCAAAUAAAGCCAUCUUUAGGAGGGGAAAACGCAGAUGUUGUUGAAAAGGUGCAAUUGAUUUUGAAAUGGGGAGGUGAACCCACCCAUUCUGCAAGAUAUCAGGCCACAGACGUAGGAGAGCAACUUCGUCAGAACAUCAAGUUGUUGAAUGCUGAAGCGUUGAAGGAUGUUAAGGUCUUCACCUCUUCAGAAAGAAGAGUAAUAGCUAGUGCCCAUCUCUCAACAUUGGCACUCUUGGGGUACAACAAGGAUGAAAGUUUGCCUGAUGAUCUUUUAAUCAUUCGGAAAGAUUUAUUGGAUGAUUCAAAUGCUGCUAAAGAUUUGAUGGAUAAGGUGAAAAAGAAGUUGAAGCCUCUUCUUCGUCAGGGUGCGGAGGCUCCACCUCAAUUUACUUGGCCACCAAAAAUGCCACAACCUUUUGUGGUCAUCAAGAGAGUGUGUGAAUUGAUGAACUUCCAUAGACAGAUCAUGCUGUACAAUUUUGAAAAGUAUAACGUUGAUGAGUUUCAAGACAACUGGUGCUGUGGAGAAGACCCUUCGUUGUUCCGCGAAAGGUGGGACAAAUUAUUCCAGGAAUUCUUAACGGUAGAGAAGACCCAUCCUUCCAAGAUAUCUGAACUAUACGACACCAUGAAGUACGACGCCUUACACAACAGACAUUUUUUGCAAAAGAUUUUUUCGUUUGAUCCCAAUGAUCAGGACCUUUUGAAUCGCUUGAAAGAAACUUGCGCUGAUACAAUCAACUCUUCCGGCUUGGUCAGUGAAUAUCCUAUUAACAUUCUUGCCAUGAACAAUUUCAGGCUCCCAAGCGAGCAUAAUGGUACCGUAUCAGGCGUCACUAGUACGGCAAAUUCGAAUUCGAAUUCAAGCAAUAACUUGUUGAACAUCACAUCUUCCAAUGCACCAGCAUCGGCGGGGUCUUUGGGUUGGGUACUUAAGGGAGCCACUGCAACUAUCAAUGACUCUUGCUCCAAUAACGAAUCUAACACAAAGAAGCACGGGUCAAGUCCUAAUGCAGAAGAUAAUCCCUUUGACCAUCCAACUUUUGCUCGAUUGAGGGAGUUGUACAGAUUGUCGAAGGUUUUAUUCGACUUCAUCUGUCCUCAGGAAUAUGGAAUCAAAGACGAAGAAAAGCUCGAUAUUGGAUUGCUUACAUCUUUGCCUCUUGCUAAACAAAUUGUUUCUGAUAUUAGGAACAUGCGUGGUCAUGAAAGUGCAGCAGUGGUGAAUUAUUUCACAAAGGAGUCACACAUUUACACUCUCCUCAAUGUUCUCUAUGAGUCUCAAAUUCCAAUGAAGAUUGCCAGAAAUGCAUUGCCAGAGCUUGACUACUUAUCUCAAAUUGUUUUUGAGUUAUACGAAGCCGACGACCCCAAUAGCGCUUCGGGUAAGAAGCACUCAAUUCGUUUGUCUCUCUCUCCCGGCUGCCAUACACAAGAUCCUCUUGACGUCCAGCUUGAUGAUGACCACUAUAUUGGCUGCAUUCCACGGAUAAGUUUAACCAGACAUUUGGACAUUGAUUUGGUAACCCAAAGAUUGAAGUCUCGCUUCACUCGUGUCUCCUUACCAAAAAAGUUUACACCUGUUAAUAUAUCGAGUCCUCUUACAUCGGGGCUUGGAUAA